ACAUAAUAACAUAUCGCAUAUGUGAACGAACCUACGGUACGUGUAUUGGGACUGGACCAAAUAGUCAUCAUCAUGCCUCUCUUCACGGACUCGAUUGCUAGAAACCUGAAAAAACCGGAAACUGGUUUUGUUGGGUCAUUUAUACUGCGUUUAUUAAAGAGGAGGAAUCGUUUCCUGGAGGAGAAAGCUGUAGAACAUGCAGAGAUUCAGCCCAACCAUCAUGUCUUAGAAGUCGGCUUUGGUCCCGGCUUAGGACUCAAGAAAGCUGCACAGUGUGUAAAAAAAGAUGAAGGAAUGGUGCAUGGGAUCGACAUUUCUCCUGCUAUGAUGAAUGCCGCCAUGGCUCACUUGGAGCAGGAGAUUGCCGAUGACAUGGUUCAGCUCACCAUAGGCAACGCAGCCCAGCUCCCUUACCGAGACACCUCUAUGGACCGCAUCUUCCACACCAACUGCUAUUACUUCUGGCCAGACGUGACCGCGGUAUCGAGAGAACUCUUCCGCGUGCUGAAGCCCGGGGGUCAGAUGGUGACUCUGCUCUGUCUAGAGAGGGUCAAAGAGUCACACGACAACGGUUUUCUCAAGUACGGGAAUUACGAUCCAGACGGCUACAUGGAUGCGCUGAAGACCGUGGGGUUCGAAUGCGAGGGUAUGAAGUCGUUGAAAGAUGGUGACGAGGCCUACGAGUAUAUCCCAGCAAAGAAACCAUGAGUUAAGAAAUUAUAUUUUUACAAUCCCAACCCAAUGAUUUUUGAUUGAGCCAUCAAAUGUGUCACCACUUUGCUCGUAAAGCAUUCAUAUCGUUAUACCAAAGGUGUUUUUGGUGGGGAAGGGCCUGGGGAAUUAUCUUCAUUGUGGCAUUGGGAUAUAUUGUAGAGCUGUAUGGAUUAGGUACAAAUGAGAUAACAAACCUUCAUGCAAUGUGAAUUGAUAGAUGUUAUUCACAAUAAUCAGUAAUGAAAAUUGAGGUUAUUUUUUAAAUGUUUUGUUACAAUUCUAUUAGGAUUAUUGAUAAAGAAAAAUACAUGUUUGUUGCUCUAUCAAUAUUCAUUCAGUAUUCUAAAGAUAAAGCAACAUUUCAAAAAGUGGCCCAGACACUUCAUUCAUAUUCAAUAUGUUUAAAUAGUAAGUCAUGGUCUAGUGGUUAAGACUCUUGUCUUUCAAUCUGAGGGACGCAGAGGCAGCGUAGCUCAGUCGGUUAGAGCGUAUGUUUCGGAUAAGAUCGUAGAUCUCAACGUGAGGGGUUCAAGUCCCGCUCAUGCCGAAACGCCUCUAACAAAAAAUCUGAUGUUAUAGCAUUGUGUGUUAGCGUGCCUCACCACUGUAUUCAGUGCAGGUGUGAAUGCAGUUGGAAAACACUCCGUCCAUCGGAAAGGACGCAAAUGUUGGUCCCGUGUAUAGGAGAGUCACAACCUAUGCACGUUAAAACCAAUACACUAUUCGUCAAAGAGUAGGGUGUUCACCCGGUGUAUUGCACCUGCCGGCCCCCGCAAGAAUCUUCAGGAUUGAAGGAGGCAGUCAGUGUAGGUUGAAGAAGACGUGGGUUCGAUUCCCAGCCAUGGCAUCUUUUCCUUCAACAAGAAAUUUACCCACAUUGUGCUGCACUCAACCCAGGUGAGGUAAAUGGGGAAGUAAUUGCAAUUGUCUGCAACAGUAAUAAGUAGAAUUAAUAAUUAAUUUUAGUUAAAAUUAUUGUUUAGACUAUGUUAAUGACAUUAUUUGGGGCUAACCUUGAUUAGCAUCUUACUAUUAUUUUAGCUUUAAUUACCAAAUGUUUUGUUUAUAUGUGAUGUACUAUUCCAUGAAAUUGUACCUGACAGUGAUAUUUGGUAAUAAAUUCAAUUCAGUUCAAUAAUUCCUCAAAGGCUAAAAAAGCUGAGAGCACCGGAACUGUUAUACAAGCUUAGCUGGGGCAAUAUAGGAGCACCUUGAGCACCUAACAAGGUGAACACAUGCACUAUACAAAUCCUAUAAUUUAUGAUUUUGAAAUUUAAAUUAUUAAUUAUGAUCAUUUUAUCUACAUGUAUGCUUAUUUAUUUAUGACAAAAUGUAUUUGCUAUUCCAUUUGUGUGCUGCUUAACUUAUACAUGUAAUGAAUCUUUUUAAGAUGGACAUCUCACCAUAAGUUACGAUGUUUGUCCAAAUUUAUGUAUGUUUUAGAUUUAUUGUGUAUCAAUGAAUGAUAUAAAUAAUAAAUGUGAUAUGGAAUCCAUGAGAUAAGCUUCAGCAACAACUGUUCCUUUGCAAAAAAAAAUGCAUAUUAUGCCAAAGAUAAAUUCUUACUUCACACCAUGUCCAUGUCAGUCUCCAUGAAUGCCACCCCCACCCCACCCCCAUGAACCCUAUCAAACCCUAAACCCUGUAUCUUCAAAGGAAUAAAGAUAGGAACAGUUGUUGCUGGAACCCGGGGGGGGGGGGGGAAGGGGGCCACUUACAUUGACGA